AAAAAAAAUAUUGUCUACACGUUUGUCACAUUACAGAUAUUAUGCACCCCAACAAACUAGACACACGCUCACCGAAUUAUUUAUUUAUGCCCCCUCGGUUUAACGAGAACCCACAAAUAUUUAAGGUACCAUUCAUUCCCCCGACAUUCAGUCAAUUACGGGCCACCACUUACUUAAACCUUACGAUUAUAAUAAAAGAUAAGCCACUAAACAAAUUCCAUUCUUAUGAAAAACAGAACGUGCGCCGACACGCGAUUUGGUUUUUACAGUUUUCACUUUAAGGCUUACAUCGCACGAGAGACGUCAUCUAAAAAUAGCGGAAUUUUGAUCCUCAGUUUACUCUUUCUGUUCCGAGCCGCGACCCUUCAGUCCCCCGAGGAAAAAGUGUGCUGAUCAAAUUUUUAACAGGUGGUCGUGGUCGUGGUCGUCUUUGGUCGUCCCUCCGCAACCCUUAAGUCCAACGAGGAAGAAGUGUUCCGAUCAAAUUUUUGAUCGAUUUUUACCCGUAAAAACUAUCCGACAAGUGAUUUACUUCUUCAACUUUCUCUAUUUUACACUUCGAAACUUGUCAUACGUUGUUACCGAGAUGUCGUCUAAAAAGGGUGGAAUUCUGGUGGUCGGAUUACUCAUGGUCGUCCUCGUCCCCUCCGCGACCCUUCAGUCCCCCGGGGAAAAAAGUGUGUUGACCAAGUUCUUAACCGAUUUGUACUCUAGAUCGUCAAAAACUCGGAAUUGUGAGCUGUUUUUUGUGCGACAGGGUGAAAGUGAUUUUGAUCUUGGUAACGACGAACUGAUCGGUGGCGUAGUCCGUGGCGUGGGGGUGGUCGCGUAUUACAACGCGAUCUUAGAGACACAUACGAUUGGAAAUUCAUCAGAAAAAGUGAAGUUUUCCGUACCAAAUCCAAUCUACAAUUUGCGUGCCGCAGUGUGCAAAGCGGUCAUCGUGACGGUCCAGGAGGUGCGGGAGGAGUGGCUAACGAAAGUUAAAGAAACAAUUUCCCCCGUUUAUCUCCCCCUCGUCGCGAAAGAUGUGGAUCCCUUCGUGUACGUAACGCUAAAUCCCGCCCUGCUCGAACCGCUCCUACUUUCACGCGCACUUCCGGCCAGGACGAAAUACAAGUUGGGACUUUCCCUCGACAAAACUCGGGGCGAAUUGGUGAUCAGAUCUGUCUGCUUUUUUUGUGACGCGGGUGGCCCCGUCGUGCUCACCUUGCCCGCCCAAUCACCCGCUACUUUCGACUACUUUCCCGACUACGUCCUUAACCUGGAAGGCCACUUGUUACGCAUAGCCUGUCCCGCGAUCAAGUCGCGGAUUGAGGCGCUCCCGCCGUACGAAGAGGUCAACAAUGCUCAGCGGGGAAUGUGGAAAACCAUGUUUGAACAGUUUCUCAUGGUCAAAUUCAACUUUACGUAUAACGUUUUCCUCUCCGUGGGAAAAAGUGGGAGUUACAUUGGCGGAGGGGGAACCGGACUCGAGCUGGAGAAUGGAACUUGGAUCGGCACUGUAGGCGAUAUUGUCGCGGGUCGCGCCGAUAUCGGAAUUAUUACGGCGAACACGCCAAAAAGAGUGAAAGUUGUUGCCUUCACGAACUCCUUUUUCGACAUCAGCUAUCUCAACUUUAUCACGACGGAAGGGACGCGCGUCUUUUCUCCGGCCGCGCUCCUCUGGUCGUUCGACAUCUUGAUGUGGGCCUGCAUCGGGCUCUCGACCGUCGUGGCGUUCCUCAUCUUCAAAAUUAUUACGCGCACCAUGACCGCACUCGGACUGGAUAAAGGUGACGCCAUGAGUUUCGCGCGGCGCGGAAUUGUGAGCCAUGAAAAUUGGGGGAUUCAGCACCAAAUAUUUUUCGUGGCGACGAGCUACCUCGAUCAAGACUGCGUCCUCCCGAGGUUCACCCCGCUGCGGUGUUUCGUCGCGUUGUGGCUCUUUUUUACCUUGAUUAUUACCACCAUUUAUAGGUCAAAAAUGGUCAGCCUUCUCGCGUUCCCCGUUUUGGAAAAGCUUCCCCUAACUUUUGAACAAUUGGUGGCCUCUGAUUACCAAGUCGGCUUCAUUAAACAUGGCGAUUCUGCGUACAACACGUUGAAAGCUUCGACGGAUAAGGUGUACGUAACGCUUGUCGAUGAAAUGGAAAUCAUCACGGGAAACGGAUUGGAAUGUUUGGAACGUGCCGUGGCGAAAAAAUAUGCCUGCAUUGCAUACGCCUUCUCCACGAUUUACUUAAAGGCGAGAAAUUUGUCGGAUUCGGACAUUAGGAAACUUGUCUUUGCGCCGGAGUCAACGUAUAAUAUAUUUAUGGGCCUCGCCCUCGAAGGUGGCUCCAUCUACAAGGAAGGUUUCGAACGUUGGCUCGGCUGGACGCGUCCUUUCCAUCUCGCCGAUUUAUGGGAGGAGCAGGACAUGUACUACAACGUCCGCCUCCCAAAACGCGCCUGGUGGCUGGAAACCAAUCAAACGGACAAAUUGGAACAUUCCGACUUCGUGGAGAGCGACGACCUCACUCUGAAACACAUUUCCGGCGCGUUUUACGCCCUCGCGGGUUGUCUUCUCAUCUGCGCGGGAGUUUUUGUCCAGGAGUUGGUCAGCUAUUAUUGGGAGCGCGAAAUGGAAAAAGGUUUAAUCUGGGUGAGACUGAAGGUCAGAUUGAGGACGAUGGUGAAAUUGAAGAAUCGCAGAGUUGUACGGUUUAAUAAUUAUUAUUAGGUAAUUAAAUAGUGAUUGUAAAUAAAUUAAAAUAAUGGCAUGUAUUUAACAAGCAUUUCCCUCUUAAUUAGUUAGUAUUGUGUCAUUUUAAUUAUUGCAAUUAAUUGUAAUUAAUUUCCUGUAAUUUGUUGGUACAUAAAUAGUGGAAAUAAAUCUUGAUUUUGAAUGAAAAUUUAUUUGGCGUGGAUGUGGUCGCGUAUUACAACGCGAUCUUACGGGCGAACCCGGUUGGAAAUUAGUCGCAAAAAGUGAAGUUUACUCUUAGAAAUGGGGUUACGAUUAUAACCAAAAAGUAAACGAAUGUGACUCUACCCCCGUGGUUAUGAAUUUGUCACCAACUUGUUAUAAAUUUAUUAGCUCUGGUGACAAUUUAAUACCAAGUCGGUGAAACCUUAUAAUUAGUCAGUAACAAUUGUAAACAUUGGAUGACAAAUUUAUAACCACGGCAGUAGAUUCAUAUACGUUUACUUUUUACCUUUUGGUUAUAAUCGUAAAUUCCGUAAACUUAAU